CCCAGGAGAUGAAGAGGCUGCUCACGCCUCUUGGAAAGGCAGGAGGGCCCUAGCCUAAGGAAUCCAUCAGCAGAGGCCUGGGAGGUGCCACAGACCCUUGCUCCCUGACGUUCCUCCAGCCAAGAUGGGGCAGCAGUUCAGCUGGGAGGAGGCAGAGGCGGCCGGUGAGAUGGACGUGGCCGAGCUCCAAGAAUGGUACAAGAAGUUCGUGGUGGAGUGCCCCAGCGGCACCCUCUUCAUGCACGAGUUUAAGCGCUUCUUCAGGGUCUCCGGCAAUGAGGCGGCCUCCCAGUACGUAGAGGGCAUGUUCCGAGCUUUCGACAAGAAUGGGGACAACACCAUCGACUUCCUGGAGUAUGUGGCAGCCCUGAACCUCGUGCUGAGGGGCACCCUGGAGCACAAGCUGAAGUGGACCUUUAAGAUCUACGAUAAGGACCGCAAUGGCUGCAUUGACCGCCUAGAGCUGCUCGACAUCGUGGAGGCAAUUUACAAGCUGAAGAAAGCCUGCCGGAUGGAGCUGGAUGCUGAGCACCAGGGCCAGCUUCUUACACCUGAGGAAGUUGUGGACAGGAUCUUCCUCCUUGUGGAUGAGAACGGAGAUGGCCAGCUCUCACUGAAUGAGUUCAUUGAAGGUGCUCGUCGUGACAAGUGGGUGAUGAAGAUGUUGCAGAUGGACAUAAAUCCCAGCGGCUGGAUCACCCAGCAGAGACGGAAAAGUGCCAUGUUCUGA